UAGGGCAUUCCCGUGGUCGUGGUGCUGCUCGAGGGAGGCCUCGGCGCCCUGGGCAAGUGUGCCAUGGCGCUGAAGAAGAAUAUCCCUGUGGUGGUCGUGGGCGGCACGGGACGGGCAGCCGACCUCCUCGCUUACGCUGUGUCUAUGACGGUUCGGACGGCGAGUGGCCGUUACAUCUUGCGAAGACAGUACGUCACGCAGCUGAUGAACAAAAUCCUCGCCGCCAUGACUGAACUCCAAGGCAAAACGGAGAAGCAGAAGAAAUGCGCGGAUUACGUGUUGGAGUGCUGCGCGAGAGCCAACAUGAUCAUCACCUUCGACAUCGACUGCGGAGAAGGACUCGACCAUUGUAUCCUCUAUGCGUUACUCACAGGAGGAGCUCAGUCGUCCCGCCUGGAGCAGCUGAGCCUCGCCCUCCUGUGGGACCGCCCCGACAUCGCCGAGCACCACAUCUUCCCGGCCGAGUCCAACUGGGCGUCGUGGGACCUGAAGGACCUCAUGACGACGGCGCUGCUGGAGGAGAAGGUGGAGUUCGUCAAGCUGUUCAUCCUGAACGGCUUGGUCAUGAGCGACUACCUGAACGUGACGACACUGCGGUACCUGUAUAACGAGGCGUGCAAGACGGAGUCCCACACGCACCUGAGGCGGCUCCUGCAGAGGUCUUCACGGAGCAGCUACCACUACCUCGUCCACGUCCACAACAUCCUGCAGGCGAUGCUUAGGAAACACCAUGAUCCCGUGUACCUUAGCGACACUCCACAGGCGGUUAUGGCGGAUUCGAGCAUCAACUACCUCACUUUCGAUGACCCUUACCAAGAGCUCCUUCUGUGGGCGAUCUUCAGCCGGAGAGGACAACUCGCUCGCUUCCUGUGGGAACGCUGCGAAACCCCGCUGUGCGCUGCUGUGGUGGCCUCGUGCGUGUAUCAGAGUCUCUGGAAGUCCUUAGGAGCCAAGAACACCGUCAUCCUCAAUGAGUACCAGAAGCAGAAGACUAUGUUUGAAACUUUGGCUGUGGAGCUCCAGGACGUGUGUUACCAGGAGGACCCGCCUAACGCCAUGGGCCUGGUGGAGCGCAGGAACCCGAAGUGGGGCCAGAUGGACUGCCUCGAACUCGCGCACCUCGCCAACGACCUCAUGUUCAUCUCGACCCCGUGUUCCCAGGCCUCCGUCGAGCUCAACUGGCGGAGGGGCUUGACCAGGGCGCCGCCCCUCGCCGUCACCAUCUGCAAUUUUCUCCCGUUUCUCGUCUGGACGAGGUUGUUUGGCUUCCAAAAACUCGGCGACAACGGAGGGGAGCUCACCGCGUGGCAAAAGCUCGUCGUGUUCUACAAGUCGCCCAUCUCCAAGUUCUUCGCCCACUCCACCUCCUUCGUCGUGUUCCUCCUCCUGUAUGCGUACGUGAUCCUGUUCGACUUCAAGUACGAGAUGUCCGUGGCUGAGAUCCUGGUCAUCUGCUGGAUAUUCACGUUCAUCGUCGGUGAGUUGUCUGAGAUAACAGCUGAACAGUCCACCUCAGUGCGGGGGAAGAUCAGCGACUGGUUGAACAGCGUAUGGAACCGGUUCGAUCUGAUGGCUAUCGUCCUGGCACUACUGGCACUGGCACUCAGGCUCCACCGGGAAACGUUCAAGUGGGGUCGGAUCGCCUACUCCCUCAACACCACCCUCUUCUACUGUCGCCUCUUCAGGAUCUAUCAUGUCAACUACCAUCUGGGACCCAAGCUCGUUAUCUUUUACAGGAUGAUCUCCGAAGUCCUGGUGUUCAUGGCGCUGCUGGUGAUCUUCAUACUCGGCUACGGCAUCGCGUCCCAGGGCCUCAUGUACCCUGGCCGGGACGUCUCCUCCCUCAACCUGACUGACGUGGGACAGAUCAUGAGGGAGGUUCUUCUCACGCCCUACUGGCAGAUGUACGGCGAACUCCUGCUGGACGAUAUCAAGGGUGGCGACGUAGAAACGUGCUAUCCAGAGUCCUGCACAGUCCCUGAGUCCUGUGUGACUGAAGGACGAAACUGCAUCCAAGACUGUGUGUGUGAGAACGCCAAGGAAUACACGUGGGCCGUAAACCUCAUGCUGUUUAUCUAUCUCAUUAUUGGGAACAUCAUGUUGCUCAAUCUUCUCAUAGCUAUUUUCACGUACGUAUUCGACGAGGUCCAAGAAAACAGCAUGGAGAUCUGGAAGUUCGAGAUGUAUCGUUUGAUCCGCGAGUAUGACAGCAAACCGGCGUUGGUUCCUCCCUUCGUCGUGCUCGAGUAUGUGUGGAGGAUUAUGAAAGCCAUUUGGAAAGUCACGUGUCGGAAGAAGAAGGAAAAUCUUGAGGACUACAUGAAGUACACUCUAACGUCUCUCAAAAUCUUCGAAAAGGAAUGCAUUCAGACGUACCUGGCGAGAGUCACUGCCGCGGAGGAAGGCAAACUCGGCAACAGGGUGAAGAAAAUAGGCGAGAAAAUCGAUAAAGUGUCGAAGUACAUCGAGCAGAGGGAAGAAAUCGAAGAGAUGGAAGACGAUCUCGAGUGGAUGAAGGAGGACGAGGAGCAGAGCUCGAGGGACGUCUCCGGCCCGUGCCCGCCCGCCGCGGACCGCACUCCGCAGCGCCGGCCGCCACAGACAUCGACGCCGUGGCAACUGCCGCCGCCUCCGCUGGCAAACGCAAUGCCGACGACAAAAACCACUUCCAAGAGAAAAGCCGCAAAGCGCAGUCGAGGCCGUCGAAAGGCUAUGGCGGCUGCGCCAGACAGCACAAGAUCUGAGGAGGAAGACGGAGUGGAGGACUCGGAGGAGGCGAGGAAUAUCUCAGAGGGCCGCUGGACAUUCCGAGGAGAAACUGGACGAGGGAAUAUCAGAGGGAUGAUCAACGAACUCGAACAGGAGGAGAACAGGAAGGAUAUUGAGAAGGAAACCAUCCCUACACAGGCAAGCGAGAGACCCGGCAAGGAAUCCCGCCCCCACACGAGCCAAGGGAGGCAUCCGGCCGGCUCGAGGGUAGCGGCGCGACUGGACGAACUGCAGGCCACGCAAGUCAAAAUGUCUGAGAUCCUUCAGAAGAUCUUGAAGAAAAUCCAGGUUUCCGAGGCGAAGGACAGAGCUAGGGAAGAGGAGGAGGAUAGGAGGAGGAGAAGAAGAGGCGAAAAGGAAGGAAAUGGCGAUGCAGAAAGAAGGCAGAAAAGAAACAGUAGAAAGAGAAGAACAAUCGAGAAUAAAGCUUACAUCAAAACGUCACACCUUCGUUUUAUGAUUGCUUCAGAGUGGAGUCUGGAGUCCCUUUGA